AUGCGUACCAACCUAAUAGAUUUCUUUGAGGGAGUGACCAAGUUGCUAGAUGAAGAAGGGCUGCAGAUGUUACAUACAUGGACUUUAAGAUUUAGUGGAAAAAGGAUUACAGGAGUCUCUAUCCUUCGUGCUGGUGAAACAAUGGAGCAAGCAUUAACUGCAGUGUGCAAGGACAUCAGACUAGGAAAGAUUCUGAUUCAAACUAACCAUGACACCGGCGAGCCUGAGCUACAUUAUCUUCGAUUACCCAAGGAUAUUAGUGAGGAUUAUGUCAUUCUGAUGGACAGUACAGUGUCAACAGGAGCUGCUGCAAUGAUGGCAGUUCGAGUCCUUCUGGAUCAUGAUGUGCAAGAAGAUAAAAUUUUCCUGCUCUCAUUGCUGAUGGCUGAAAUGGGAGUGCACUCGGUGGCGUAUGCGUUUCCUAAGGUUAACAUUAUCACCACUGCUGUAGACAAGAAAGUAAAUGAUGAAUUUCACAUUAUUCCUGGAAUAGGUAACUUUGGAGAUCGAUACUUUGGCACCGAUGCACCAUCUGAUUGGUAUGAGUGUGAUGAGGGCAUGGAAUACUAAGUAUUUUACUGUGUAUCUGAGAUAUCCAAGAUGGCCUGGAAGCAGAAGGAUUGUUUGCUAUACCUGAACAUAUUUUUGACUGUAUCGAACAGCAAGCUGAACAUUCCUUUUCUGAAUUCAUAAUGUCAAUUAAGAUGUAUUUUGAAUAUUUUCAAUUUUUCAAGUUUGGGCCUGACCUGUUAUACCAUUUAAGUUAGCAUUUUUAGUUCAGAAUUCACAUUUAGAAUGCCAGCUAUUAGUAAAAUGUAUCCGAUUUCAAAUAAUCUAGUCAUUUGUAAAGUAUAUAUAUGAGAAUUGGAUCUGCUUGAGUUCAGUUUCAGAAGUUAAAAACUUGAACUUUUUUAAAACAUAUCUGAAAAAAAUCUAAUGGCUCCAUUUGUAGUAAUUGUGUGGCUUUUUAAGUAAGCAAUGAAGGUAUAUAACUUAUUUAUAUAUCUCCCAACUAGUACUUCAAGUAGUUUAAACUCAGCAGGAGUGGUAGAAUUUAUGGAGAGAGGAGAGUUAAUGUUUUGAAUCCAAUAUGACAGUCUUUGGAAUGUUUUAAAGCAUAGUGGUAUUGGACUCAGAUAUUGCCAGACAUGCUGAGUUUCUCCAACACUUUGUUUUUGUUUCAGAACUCCAGCAUCACAUUACUUCAUUUUACUUCAGCUAUGUUUUCUUGUAAAUUGCAAUGCUAUCAUAAAUAAAUAUCACUAUUUAAACAUGACCCAUUGGCCACAAGUAAUAUGUUGAUCACAUGCAAUAUAUUUGCAAAGAUUGUUCGUUAAAGAUUCCUAGCUGAGACUGAAAUAAAGUUUCACUUUUGCAUAAAUUCAUCUUUAAUUAAAAUGUGUCUUCAGUCACAAAGACUUCACAUAGAAUCUCCUUCAAUAGAGGUUCUAAUAAGUAUUCCUUAAAAAUCCUUCCUACAUCUCAUGUGAACCUUUAACUGUUCUGAGAUCUGUUGUGAAAAUAAUGUAGGAUCAGCUGCACUAUCAUAAAAAAAAGCCGAUGGAAACUAAUAGCAUUGUUCUUUUUUUUGUAUAUUAAUUUAAUUAAUUGCACAUAAGUAACAUCAGUGAUCCUCUGGAAUUGAAAGCUUGGCUUAUUACCUGAUUUCACUUCUUAAUUUAACCACACAUCAAUUUUAUAUCUGUCAUUAUGAAUGGUGACUGCUUGUUAAGAUAAUAGUUGAAAAAUAAUCAAGUCCCACAGCACUUGCAGAUUAACAGAAUAAUGAGAUCCAAAUGCUUAUCUCUGUCCAUUCCAAUCCUUUGCUCCCAUAGGCCCCCCACCCCACCAAGCUCAGAGUCAACUCUCAUAAUUCUCACAGAAAGAUCGCAAUUUUCAAGCCCUGAAAUGAAGUCACAAUGAGGGGGGGAGAAAUUGGAAAGCACUGCUGCAAAUAAGGAGCUUGAAUUUUUCCACUUAUACACCACAUUGUUAAAUUUUGAAGGAAAUGCUUACAUUUAUGACUAGCUUUUCAUGUUAUAGGGAUGUACUAAAGUUCUUUACAGUCAAUAAACUACUCUUAUUUUGUACCUACUUUCUCUGUGUAUUCUUUCAUGGAAUGCGGGCACUGCUGACUAGACCAGCAUUUGUAUCCCAUUUCCAAGAAGUAGUUAGGAGUGAGCUACACUGACUAGAUCUAGAGUCACAUGCAGACCAGACUAGGUCAGGAUAGCAGAUUACAAUCCAUAGAGAUUGUCGAUGACUUUUGUGACAAUCAGCAGUGGUUAUAUGGUCACCAUUAGGCUAGUUUUUUUUAUUGAAUUCAAAUUCCACCAUCUGCCAUGAUGGCAUUCAAACCCUUAGAACAUUAUUAUGGUUUUCUAGAUUUUCUGAUAACACUACCACUAUGUCACUGCUUCUCCCAUGACUUAAUAAAUUGUUAAAUUUUGCAAAAUCAGACUUAUAAUUAAUAUUAACUUGCUUUUAUUUUGUUUAAAGAAAAUAUGGUUCCGAUGUUCCUUGGAAAUGGGAUGAAUCUAUUGAGAUUCAACUGUAUUUGAAUACAAAUGGAACCUGAAGGGUUAUGCACCAUAAUUUAUUAUUGAUUAACCAGAUAUUCAUGUAAACUAUGAAUGUUUUAACAAUUAAAAUGUUAAAUAUUGUUAUGCAGUUAAAGUAACAUAUAAAUGCAUAUUAAGACCCAAAAGGCAACAACAGCACUGUUGACUUUAUUAUUUAGUGUGGCAGACGGGAGAAGCGAUAUUAAAUUUGCUGACUGAAAAUGCAAAACCCCUAAAUGUUCUAUGAUAUUGUUUUUUUUAAAAUAUGGAAAUGUGCAAAUGUCAGAAGUCAUGUAAUGCACAAUGUAUGUAUAAAUAUUCUGCAACCUGUAUUAUUUUAACUGUACAUUUCUUGCAUCUGAUAAAGUUUAUAUUAUAUUGUGCCACAUAACAAA